AUGGCCAACACAAGAUCACCGGGCGGGCGGAGGGCCCGGCCGGCAUGGACCGUCUACAUCAGCCCCGAGAUGCCGGACGCCAUGCGCAUGAGCGUCGAGGUCUGCGUCCGCGUCAUGGGCGGGACCGUUGCUGCCAGCGUCGACGAGGCCAUCGCGGCCGAAGGCUCACCGAACGGCCAUGGCGCGACCAACGAAGGCUACAUCGUGUGCUUGUCGUCGGCGUACGAGACGUACGUCAAGGCGCGCGAGAGCCACUACAUCCCAAUCGUAACGCCCAUCUGGGCCUUUCGCUCCGUCUUGCACAACGCGCAGGUGCUGCUGCCAACCGAGAAGUUCUCGGCCAACCCGCGCAAGGUCUUCUCGUCCAUCGUGCUUUACACGUCGCAGGUCGAGCCCGAGCCUAGCAAGGUCCUGCGAACGCUCAUCGCGCACAGUGGCGGCCAAGUUCUCUCGCACCCUAGCCGGUCCGCGACCCACAUGCUCUGCCUGCGACCCGAAGGCGACGCGUUCCAGCAAGCGCUCAACUGGGAUGCUGAGGGCGCGACGCUGCAGACCGAUACGCUCUCGGACGAAGAUGUGGUGCGCGCUGCGACGGCCUUCGUCGCCACGAACGUUCAUGGACCGAUUCCUGAUGUCGUCUUGGCCUACAUCAUUGGCCAAAGCCACUUGACCAAGCACCGUAUUGUCAACUACCUCUGGAUCUACGAGUGCAUUCGAGUCAACCAGCUGCUGCCCGAGACGCUUUAUGGUUUUGAGCACAACCACAAGCCAAGUGGGGUCCGCGACGUCCGGCUUUCGGACGUGGUCAUGGCGCUGCAGUGCGACUCGCAGCUCUUUCCGCCCGUCUCGGAGGCGCUGCCUCUCGACAUUUGGAGAGACAUUUCUCAGAACGCAGCCAAGGAGUGGGCCGACAAUGCGUUUGUUGUGGCGAGUCACAUUGCUACCGGACUGCGCCAGCGCAUGCUCGACGCCAUCCAAGGCUUGGGCGCCAAAGUCCUCGUGCUCCGAGACAACGACGACGACGACGAGAGUGUCAUGGACGGUGCGACGUACGUCGUCUGCGCGCACCAGACUGGCCGUGCGUUUGACGUCGCAUUGGCGCGCGGCAAGACCAUCGUCGGCAUCCAGUGGCUGGCGGCCAGCCUCGCGCUGCGCACGCUGCUCCCGGCCAACUUUGACGAACCCACGGUGCGCAAUGUACUGUGGUACCCGGCCAAGCAGUUUGGCAGUAUCCCGGGCAUGGAAGGCCUCAUCAUCACGCUCUCGGGCUUUACAGUGCGGUCGACGCCGAGCCGCGACGACAUGCAGGCCAUGAUCCGCCUCGUCGGCGCGUGCUGGCUGCCCGUUCUUUCGCGGAGUCACACGUCGCACUUGAUUUGCUUUGAAGCGUCGGGUGAAAAGUACCAGCGAGCGCUCACGUGGGAUCUGCCCAACGUUGUCAAGUUCGAGUGGAUCUUGGCGUGCGUCCAGCAGUGGCGCUAUGUGCCCGAAGCCGAGUUUAGCUGGGAGCCAAAGCCGCCCAAGAUGCCGAAGUUCGAUGUGCACGACGCACUGCAAGUCCUCGAGGCCAAGCAGCCCAGCCGAGUCACGCCGCUCAAGCCCAAAGAGCCCGAGACGUCAUUUGUCUCGACGCUCACGACGCCCGUUCUUCUGCGCAACACGCAGCCCGAUGCGACCGAUGUCCCGUCGUCCGCACCAACAGCGCCCAAGCCGGAUGUCGUCGUCACAGCUUCCGCCAAGUCCUCGGUCAAGUCCUCGGUCAAGUCCUCGGCCAAAACCUCGGCCAAGACGACCACGAAAGCAGCAGCCACGCCAGCCAGAAAAGCUGCAACGACGCCGGCGCCGGCCAAGAAGGCGGCCGCCAAACGCGCCAGCGCUGGCAGUGACGCAUCCGUGUCGGUCCUGGAGGCCAUCAGACCUGCGACGGCCAAGAAGACGCCAAAGGAAACCAAACGCAAGGGGAAGACCCAAAGUGAGCCCGAGCCGAGUGACGUGGUCGUUGUCAAGCAGCGUCGGACCACCGCUCGCAGCAAGACGCCAAAACGCAUGUUUUUGCUGACAGGGACGCACGAAGAGCUCGCGAUCAACGAGUCGAUCGUGCAGUUCCUCGGCGGCGUCGUGGUGCACAGCGCGCGCGCGUUCGAUCCGGCGUGCACGCACGUCAUUUGCAAGGAGCUUCGGCGCACCGAAAAGAUCAUUGCGGCCUGCGCCUCGGGCAAGUGGAUUCUGACCCCCGACUAUUUAAGAGACAGCCGCGCCCAAGGACUCUUUCUGAGCGAAGAAGGCUACGAGUGGGGUCUCGACAAGGUGUCGAAGGACCACUACUGCGACCCCCGGAUUUGGCUGCCGGUCGCCAAGUACUGGCGCACGCACCUCGCGGCGGGCGGCGCCCGUGCGUUUGACAAGUGGACGUUUGCGAUUCUCGGGGAGACGGUGCCGCCGCCAAGCAUGUGUACGCACGUGAUUGUCGCGGCGGGCGGCGUUGUCCUCGACGUACCGACGCUUCUCAAGAAGUUUGGCGUACAAGAGCCACCGAUGGUGGUGCUCGUGGCCGACGCGGUCAAGAAGACAGACAAAUUGCUCAAGAGCCUUUUGGAGAAGAAGGUGCCGCUUGUCAAGCCAGGCUUCCUCAUCGAUUACAUUACGAAAGACCAGCACGCACGGCCCGAGCUCCAGCAGUACUACUACCUUCCGUGA